ACCAGUUGGCAACAGAGACGAUGAAAAACACCCCCGUUCCCUAAACAGCCCAAAACACACACGUGUCUUUAAAGCCUAACACAAAACAUCCUUGCUUUUUGUUAAAUAGUGAUGGUGUGACAGACUGGAUACAAGUUUUUGACAUUUCUAGAAAAGUUUGGAAAGAAAUAUUGCUUGGUGAUCAGUCGAUAUCCAACAGAAACCAUGGGUUGCUGUCAAAACAGGGAUCGUUGUUGUUCCAUUUGGAGAAUCGUUCAGUCUUCACUUGGAAUAUUUAUUGGCAUUUCCACAGCCUUUGUUUUCUAUCACAAUUUUGGAAAUGCUCAAGCAGCUGGCUGGGCACUUACAUCAGGUGUAUUUGCAGCGGCUGCCCUACAUUUAGCAAUUCUCAUCCACAAGAAAACAAUACAUAGUUGGUAUACAGUUUUGCAUUUAAGGAAUAUUCAGCUUUUAGCUUUUCUACUGACUGACAUCAGUAUUGCAGUCUUCGCAUGGUAUCUAUUCUAUGCAGCUUAUUACAAAAUUCCCAUGGUGCCAGUUGACAAUAGUGCUAUUGUCACCUCCGUAUGGGUUUUCAUGACUGCCAAAUGGACCUUUCUUGUUUGGUUGUUUGCAAGACUUGCCAUCAGGGAAAAAGAAGAGUAUGAACUUACCUCUGACAGUGAUAGUACUUGAGAUUUUUAUUUGUUUUUAUCUGAUCUGAAUGUUUAACCUAAUAUUCAUUACAAAUAUACUUAAUCUCUUAAACAACUUAAGUUUCAUAUUAAUUUAACUUAUUUGAAUGUUUCUUAUUAAUCUAGACCAAACAAUUUAAGGUGGAGUAUCAGACCAAAUUUUCUUGUAUUGGCGCUUGAUUGAGGUGCAUAUACCAAAGCCCUUACACAAACAAUGGGUAAGUAAAAACGAUUCGAAUAAACCAAGUGGAAAGAUUACAAUCUACCCAUAAAGCCAUCUCACUAAUGUACAAGAUGAACGUCACAGGUAGAGUGCACUCUGAAAGAGAAAAAGUACACGAGGGCGCAGUCUUCAAAGAUUAAACUUAAGAUAUCGUAGUUCUUCUUCAGGUAUCAUCCAAUAGUGGGGAACGCGCUAAAAUUUCGUGUUGCAAGAGAAGAAAAAUCUGCACAAAUAGAAGUCAACAAGAUACAAGCGAGCACAAGCUGUCAAAAGACAACUUGGUGCUGGAUAACAAGGUCAAAACAAGUUGAUAAAGUCCCAACCAAACACUUGCUUUUCUCCUGAACUCUUUUCUA